CUUUUGAAAGCUUCUGAAAAUUUUAUGUCAUUUCAGCAGAUUCAACACUUACAGCUGUUCAGCUUUUCUUGUACAAAAUAUUGAAAUGUGACAAUUUGGAUAGAAACGUUUAAAGAAACGUGGCACCCCUAAAUGUAUUAAAUAAAAAAAUAAUCUAGCCAAAAAUAAUAGAAAAGAAAAAUUCCCACAUAGCUUAUUGCAAAUAGGAAGGCCAACAAAACCACAUCUCAAUUUCUCACAACCUACUUUCUAUCAAUACACACAGAAUCAAACAAUGUCGAAGAAGCCUGAUUCAAAGCCUGCGUAUGGUUAUUGUGGCUACCUAGAAGUGAUGCCUUUGAGCAAGGGAUCGUCUUCUUCACAGCUCAACGAGUCUGCAGAACUUCAGAUCAAAGAUCGAUAUUCGUAUAAGGAUGCAUAUGGUGGAGGAGGUUCAAGCAGCUUUACUGAGAGCUACAAGGCUGGGGAGUUUGUGGACAAGAGCACUGGUGGCUUGGGCUACAAGCAGGAGGCAAACUACACCUCCAUUGACAAGUAUGUGAACAAGGAGCUAGGGUUUACCACUGAGUACCAGACCCAGGUGAAGUUCAAGAAGUCUGUUUACCCUAACAAGACCCAAGUGAAGUUCAAGAAGUCUGCUUCUCCUUAUAAGAGUGGAACCAAGUCCUACAACAAUCGCGUUGACUAUUAUUAAUUAGGUUUAGAUGUUCACUGGGAUGUUUUGGUAUUUUGAAAUGGGGGCUUACUUAGUUAUGUGUCUAAGCUUGUUUAUGUUUACUUGGAUUAAUCUCCUGCUAUCCGCUGUCAAUGUGAAUGAAAUAGCUCUCUCUUUCUUAUGUAAUGAACUUGUAAGUUGUUAUUAUGUCUAGCUUGUGUAUUUAUAU